AGUCUGGUGAUGUCACCGCCGGAUGCUCCUUAUAUGGGCAGCGCUCACGCGGUUACAUUGAUGUAGGCAGUGGUUUAUAGCCACACAGCAGCGCGAGACGAAAGAAGUCUAUUAAGGACUACACAGCGACAGGACUCAGACACUCACUCUUCAUCUGGACCACAAUCCGGGACUGGAUUUAAGACCCCGACAUGCUGACUCCAACACUAACUCUGUGUGCUGCUCUCCUGCUCCUCUCUCACUCGGCUUCAGGCUCCUAUCCUCGAGCACAGAAUGUCACUUGGACAUCCACCAACUUUAAAACUCUUCUGACCUGGCAGCCGAAACCGUCCGACAGCUACUCCUACACAGUGGAGUUCUCUGUGGUUGGUGGGGACAGACAGAGGAAGAGUCACUGUAUACGGUCCACGGGGACGGAUUGUGAUCUGUCCGGUUCCAUGGAUGACUUGAAAGCCUGCUACACAGCUGAUGUCCUGUCUGAACCCCCGCUCGGUGUCUCGUCUGACAUAAUUGAGUUCCCCUACUCCAGCUCACCACGAUUCUGCCCCUACAAAGACACUGAUAUAGGCAGACCUGACUUCAAGCUGGAGGUCAGUGAAGACAAAAAGACCACCACCCUGUAUGUGACUGACCCGCCCACCGCCCUGUUCUUAGACGGCCGCCAGCUGAACAUCAGGGACGUCUUCUCCGACCAGCUUCAGUAUAAAGUCACCUAUCGUAAAGAUAAGAGCUCAGGCAAGAAAGUUCACAUCUCUAAGGACAGUCCGAUAAAGCUCACUGAUCUGGACCGGGGGGAGAACUACUGCUUCAGCGUCCAAGCUUACAUCCCGAGUCGCGACAUCAACAAGCAGUACGGGGAGAUGAGCAUUCCCCAGUGUUCCAAUGACAGGGACAAGUCCAUCUUUGAAGUGUACUCAGUGGGUGUGAUCGCCGCUGCCAUCUUCCUGAGCCUGCUGCUGCUCGGCCUCAUCGUUGCUGUCACGGUGGUCUGCUGCAGACGCAGGAAGAAAGCUCUCAGCAGUGGAAAAGAGGGAUUACCACUCAGCGACAUCAACAACCAGGCCUGAUAUCUCCGUUUUUAGCCACUGGAGUGAAUCAUUCGUUUCUGUGAAACGGCCUCUGAAUGAGUGAGACAUAUUUGAUUGUGUCUUUAUUAUCUCAUGCUGCAGAUAAGAUUUGAUAAACACUGUUUGAACCCUUCAGACUCAUUCCCCUCCGAUCCCCCACACUUUGAACUCUAAGAUGUACCUGGGACUGUUGUUUCAGGGAAGAAUUUAGUAAGAGUUGUGAAUUCAACAUUUGUACAUUUUUUAUAUAUUAUUUUAUAUAAGCUGAAUGUGUGUGUGCGUGUGUGUCUCUAUUUAAUUGCUGUCAUAUGAUGACUGUGAGUAAAUGUUUUUGAUGUUAUUAUAAUAAUAUUCUGGAAACACUGUAACACUGAUCAGUCUACUGUAGAGCUGCUGCUGGCUGCUCAUUGCUGAAACGUAUCAGGACAUGUUCUGGAGUCCGUUGGGAAACUGUAUUAAACUGAAGUUGUACCACACAGAUGAAA